AUGGAAUCUCCAAGUAUUCUCGCUUUUGGCAUGGCCACAAAAGGAAAUUGCAAACGUUUUUCAAUAUUCCACACAACUACCUCUCUAGAGUCACCCAACAAUAACAACAAAAUGCCUGAACAAUCCAUUGAAAAACUCAAGAGUCUCAUCAAAGAUAUCAAGUAUUGCAUGCUUGCUACUACCACCACAAGCAAGCUUGGAGAAAAGUACAUUCAUUCAAGACCAAUGAAUGUCUUGUGGAAAGAAGAUGCCCUGGCUGAGCAAAAGUUGUACUUGUUCUCAUCAAAGGAUUCAUGGAAAAAUAAGGAAAUUCAGGGAAAUCACGAGAUCAACCUCUCUUUUUCGGAUCCAAGCAAUCACACCUAUGUUUCUCUUUCAUGCACAUGUUACAUUGAUGAUUCAAAUAGGGAGCUCAUGAAAGAGUUAUGGAAUCCUUAUUGUGAAAUUUACUUCCCAAAGGGCGUCAAUGAUCCCAAUUUGUGUCUCUUGGUGUGUGACAUUCAUCAUGCAGAAUAUUGGGAUCUCAAACAAGGAUCCAUGAUGAGCCUAAUUACCUCCUAUCUCAAAGCUGGCCUUGGUAUCAAAGAACCAAUUUCUCAAGAGCACGAAAAGCUUGUUCUUUAA